UUUUUUUAAUAAAAGCGUAAUGAUUUGUUUGUAAACAAAUAUUUUUAUACGUACCUAACGAAAAAUAUAUAUAUUUCUUAUACGUAUAAUUUAUAGUACUUAGAAGGGGUUUCUAUAUUUUUUAAUGAAUGGACUUAAACAUGGUCACAUUCUAUAGCACAUAUUAGGGCCAGAAUAAUGAAACAGCGAGGACAGCAUAACAGAUAGUUGUACAAGAAUCAAUAUAAAAUUUCCAAAUCUCCAAUCAACUAGACUAUUACUAUUUACUACUAAUACUAUUAACCCCAUUACUCCUAUCUCUUUAAUUUCCUCUCAUUCGAGUCAACAAGUAAUAUCACCAUUAAUUUUCACGGGACAUGAUCAACUAUACGUACGCUCCUCACCCAGACCACAACGGUUUUGUUAACUGCUGAAUAAUAACUCUCAUCAUCAGAUAGAGCUAGCUUCACUCACAUUCUCACCACCAACUUCCUCAAUAGGUUUCCCAAAACUAGUUCUGCCAUGCACGAUAUCUUUGUUUUCACCCAAAUGAAGAAGAGAAAUUUUCUAAACAUUAGUCUAAUUAAAUGACACUUCCCCUGCUCAUCAUCAUCAUCAUUAACACUGUCAUAAUCUUCACUACCACCUUUGUACUCGUCGAUGGCCUUGGCUCAGCAUCGACAGCUGCGGUCGUGUACGGCACCAGCACCGUUUGUGGCAUUGUAGCUGACCAACCAAAUCAGAGCAUACAAUGUUAUAAUCCCAAAAACCAACUCCUUUUUGUUUCAGUCCUUCCCAAUGUUUCCUUUCAAGAAAUCUCCGGCGGCCGGAGCUUCUUCUGCGGCCUCAGAUACGGUGGCUUCAGCCUCCACUGCUGGGAUACAUCUAACUGCACAGUCACUAAUACCCUUCAACCUAAGCGCGUUUAUCAUAGCCGCACCGUUGCGUUGACCAAUAUAGCAGUUGGUGACUCUCAAGUUUGCGCUCUCGAACUGGCCACAGGUAUAGCCAGGUGCUGGAGAGGAACAGGAGGGUCCUCAAACGACAAUGAAAAAGUGUGGAACGACAAUGGUGUUUUCCCCUCACCUGGGAAAUCAUUAAGGUUCCAAGCGAUUACGUGUGGGAGCGGAUUCACAUGUGGGAUAUUGAGAAACGACAGCAGAGUUGUUUGUUGGGGUUUGGCUAUUGCAGAUGUAAUUCAAAUGGGGUUCGAGAAUUUCUCAAUGUCAAGUUUAGUAGCGGGAGAGUCACACGCUUGUGGAUUGACUACAACCGGAUUUUUGGUCUGCACGGGAGAGAACGGUUCAGGCCAAUUGGACGUGCCUUCUUCAGUUUCUAAUAACAAUUCAGCUUAUGAGUUUUCUGAUCUAGCAUUAGGGUCAACCUUCACAUGUGGUAUUAAAAGACAGAACGGACAUGUCGCAUGUUGGGGGAAACUAAGCCAAUCCCUAAUUAACAGCAUGAUUAAAAAUAUCUCAUUCGAGCUGAUCGUUUCUGGUUCUGAUUUCGUAUGCGGGUUAACGACGAGUAAUCUAUCGCUGAUGUGCUGGUCUGAUUCAGGACAUUACGGUAUUCUUCCGAUGAGAAUGAUUAUUCCAGGUCCGUGCGUGAAACCCGAACAAUGCAGCAAGUGCGGCACUUAUCCAAACUCAGAUUUCCUCUGCCAUUAUACAGGGGAUGUUAUAUGCAGAGUAUGCCAGGUCGAAAAUCUUCCACUAGCCGUGCCACUCCCGCCGAUUCUACCUCCUUCAUCACUGUCUGAUAAUGACCCUGAUAAUAAUUACCAGCUUCGUGAUUCAUCUCUCUCAUCAAAGGCUGACAAGAAGCUUUUGUUGGCGUUUUUGAUCGUUGGUUCAAUCGGUUCUUCAGUUGGUUUCAGCAGCAUUGUUUAUUGUUUAUGGCGUAAUAAGAUUGUUCGUUCUUAUCAUCGCACCACUAGUAAUUAUGACGAGCCAAGAAAUAGUACUAUUACUACUCCUUCUACUGAUCAUAAUGAGCCUACUACAGCUAAUAAUAUUGUUACCGUACUCAACAGGGUAGGAUCUUUAAAUCCAGAGAUUUUUUCACUUUCAGAGCUUGCAACAGCUACUCACAGCUUUUCAUUAGAGAACAAAAUCGGCGGUGGGAGUUUCGGCGUUGUCUAUAAGGGAAAGCUAUCGGACGGUCGAGAUGUGGCCAUUAAAAGGGGUCAUAUUUCGUCAUCUCAAACCAUUACUAGGAUGAUGAUAAAGCAAUUUCAAGAGAAGGAAAGCGCUUUCGAUUCAGAACUAGUUUCUUUAUCAAGGCUUAACCACAAGCACUUGGUGUCGUUAGUUGGAUUCUGUCAAGAAAACGAAGAGAGGAUUUUAGUUUACGAUUACAUGGAAAAUGGCUCCCUUCACAAUAUCCUCCACGACAAGAGAAACGACAGCGUUUCCGUUAUCAAUUCAUGGAGAGCGAGGAUCAAAAUUGCUUUGGACGCAGCCAAAGGAAUCGAGUAUCUCCACAACUACGCUGUCCCACCCGUUAUUCAUAGAGACAUAAAAUCCUCCAACAUACUCUUGGAUUCUGACUGGACCGCCAGGGUUUCCGAUUUCGGGCUCUCUAAGCUGAUGAAACGUGGCCAUCGCGACGCCGUUUCGGCCAAGGCUGUCGGAACGGUUGGGUAUAUUGAUCCGGAAUAUUACGUUCUGAAUGUGUUGACUGCUAAGAGCGAUGUGUACGGACUUGGAGUGGUGAUGUUGGAGCUUUUGACGGGGAAGAAAGCUGUGUUCAAAGAUGGUGAGGAAGGACUGACGAGCGUUGUGGACUAUGCAAGGGAACGGCGGAGGUUGCUUGGGGAAGGGGUGUUGGAUAAUAGGGUGGGGUCGCCGGAGUGGAUCAAUGAGGCCGAGGCUGUUGAGAUUUUGGCUGAUACUGCUGUUCGUUGUGUGAAAUUGGAAGGAAGGGAUAGGCCUGAAAUUUCUGAGGUUGUUUCUUGCCUCGACAGAGCAUUUUUUCUUUGUAAUUUUUAGAAUUUGUAACUUAUUCUCUUAAUUAAUUUUAGUCAUCAUUUUUUUUAAUGUUAAUUAUGUAGUAAUUUGUUUUCAUUUGUGGAAUGAGAUCUAAUAAUAUGGCAUUUGGAAAACA